AGAAGCACCGUCAACUGACCUGCGUUAGCAUCGUUAGCUAGCUCGUUAGCUACGCGGCUACACCGGCACUUAAUGCGUCGCUUUUGACGCACAAACUGUAAGUUUCCACCACAUUGUCUGUGAAAACAUUCCGGUCACCAACGUGCACGGUUCAGCCAUGUACGAGCCGGACACCGCUGCGAUUCUCCCCGAAGAUGUCCUCGACGCCGCAUCGACUGACGAACAACUGUCCGACGUACUCGGCCACGGAGAGGAGGCCGAUGAGCCGAUUACCAGCUCCGUCCGGUCGCCUUCUGCGUGCUGCUUACCGGUGACGGUGGAGCCGGUGAUGUUCCUCACCAUGUUCUCCCUGACACUGCAGACUCCUCUGUCCACCCAGUAUCUGUGGGACCGUAUCAGCGAGGACCUGGGCUACAACGGCUCUAAGAGCACCGAGUGCGGCAACAGCUCCGUGCCCCUGGACCCCCUCCAGAAGGAGGUGGAAACUUUGACAGCCCACUGGAACCUGUACCUCAGUCUGGGAGGCUUUUUUGUUGUUCUGUUGGUGGUUCCUUUCCUGGGCUCCUGGAGCGACAUUGCAGGUCGCAAACCAGUCCUCAUCAUCCCUAACCUUGGCCUGGCCCUGCAGGCGGUGGUUUACCUGGUGGUGAUGUACCUCAGGCUGCCUGUGGCAUACUUUCUGGUGGGCAGGCUGCUGAGUGGCCUUUCAGGUGAUUUUAUUGCCAUCCUAGCAGGCUCCUUCGCAUAUGUGGCUGACGUCAGUGACAAGCAGUCUCGCACCUUCAGGGUGGCUGUCUUGGAGGCUUGUCUGGGUCUCGCAGGGAUGCUGGCCAGCAUCAUCGGAGGACAGUGGCGCAAGGCUCAAGGUUACAUCAACCCGUUCUGGCUGGUCCUAGCCACCAACUUGGCUUCAGCUCUGUACGCUUACCUGUUUGUCCGAGAGUCUGUCCCACGAGUCCCGGAUGCCAAGCUGUUCACUACUCGCCACUAUAAAGCUGUCUGGCACCUCUACUCUACAGGAGGGAGCAGCAACAAGGCUGGUGGAGGAUUUCACAGAUGCAAGCUGUGGCUUUACACGCUGUGCUUCUUUCUGGUUGUGACUGUUCACUUCGGCAGCCGAGAUCUAUAUGUGUUGUACGAGCUGAGCUCGCCGCUGUGCUGGGGACCAGACCUCAUUGGCUAUGGAUCAGCAGCUCUGCACCUGGCCGUCCUGACCAGUCUGCUGGGGCUGAAGAUCAUGCAGCGCUGCCUGAACGAUUCAUGGAUGGCUCUCGUGGGUCUGGCAACCAACAUCGUCGCGCUUAUUGUCUUCUCUGUUGCUGACACCACAGCGCUCAUGUUCACAGGUUAUGGACUGUGCUUCCUCUUCUUGAUUGCGACGCCUGUGAUCAGGUCAAAGCUGUCCCAGCUGGUGGAUCCAUCAGAACAAGGUGCCCUGUUUGCCUUUGUUGCCUGUGUGGAGAGCUUGUGCUUACUGGUGGGCACUGGCCUCUUUAACUCCCUCUUUCCAGCCACACUGUACUUUAUGAAGGGCUUCACCUUCCUUGUUGCUGCUGUCAUCCUUCUCAUCCCUUUUGGGAUAAUCGGGACCCUGCAAUGUUUAGACCAGAGGCGAAACCAAGGAGACUCCACAAUGUCCUGACCUGCAGGGAGGCAGAAUCCUGUCAGAGACUUAAAUCUAACCUGGUGUGAAUGUACGAGGUGAGCUGGUCUGACACAGAGACGUCCAUCAGGUCUUUCUGUGAUGCUGGGACACACUUUUGAUCUUUAACAGUGAUGGAACAGUUGACGAGUUCACCAAAGUGAUCAAGACCGAAGGAUGAGGAAUCAACCUCCUCACUGAAAUUACUGCGAAACCUCUACCGUCAUAACAAUGAGAUGGUUGAGGUUAUGGCUUCAUCUCAUCUUUGCUGGCCAUAAAAACUGAUGUAGUGUUUAAUAAUUUUAUAAAGACGUUCAUAGAAAAUAAACAAGUUUUGGUACAUUUUUUUGAUGUUGUUAUUUAAUCUUUUUUUUUU